GAUUUAAACAGUUGCAGCAGCCCUAAUUAACAAGCAAUGAAUAUGUGCUUACUUUGUUCAUAUGCUCACCUAACAUUUCCCUCAAUUCAAUAACCACAUUCUUCUACCCCUUUUUAUGAAAUAAAAAUUUGAGUUUCCGAAAUUGAUAUCUAACACGAAAAACCACCAAUGGAUCUAGAAUUAGGACUCAAGAUCACCCACAGCGUAGACGAUCAUGUUUCGUCUGCCAACCUUCGGAUUGCCAAGGACAAAUCCGGUCCUAUUUUCGUGUCUAAGGAAACCGAAACCAUGUUCAUCCUCACUGCCCAUCUCAAAGGUUAUAGAAGAGAGCGUGUACAUAUCGACAUAAACGAAGAUGGGACUCAGAUUGGAAUCAGUGGGGAGAAGCCAGUUCAAGAGAAGGUUAUGUCAGGAUGGAUAAUGUACAAGAAAGAGGUGGAGAUGAGGGGUUUCCGAAAAGUCUUUCGAAUUCCGGAUAGAGUGGUUUUGGAUCGAAUCAAGGCCAAGUUUAAUGCACACGAAUCAACUCUCACGAUCGUCAUGCCAAAAUCGGUGAAAGGAAUUCGCGGGGUUGAGAUCGAGGAAGUGAAAGAAGAUGAAGUGGAUAUAGGGAGACAGCAGCUCACAAAACCUCCUGCGGCUGGAGAAGUCUCUGAAAAAUAUGGUUUUAGGGGGAAAAUUGAGGACCAAUUUGGUGAGCUUGAGAAAAAGAAAGUAGAAGAAAAUCAUCGAACAGAUGCGAAAGGGGUUGAUGAAGAGGGCUCCAAGAAAGAAAUUGUAGCUGAUGGAGCUAUCGAAAAGGAUGCGAGCAGAGGCGUAGUGCAGGAAGAAGCUAAAGAUUCAAAGACUCAAAGUAUGCAACACCAAACAAAAUCUGUUUCGGAACACAGUGAAGAGCUAAAAGUUGCAAAGGUUAAAGAAGCUGAUGGAGUUGAGAAAGAGAAAGUUGAAAGAAAGGAACUCGGAAGAGACCAAAUUGUAGCGGACAAGGCUCCAAGGAUCAGCAAGGAUGCUGAAGAGCCAGUGAAUGUGGAUAAAACCAGUGAAGUAACUCAUGAAGUUACAAGGUCAUUACAAGAAGCUCAGGCAAUUGCUAAGCAUGAAACAGCUGAAGAAUACUCUACUGCAGAGCCCGAAAUAGAAACACCAAAGGCGGGGAUUGAGGAACACGUUAGAAGUAGACCAGAGAGCGGCAAAUCAUCAAAACUUGCACAAGACAGAAGAGCAACACAAGAAGAAGCACAAGUCGGACACGAAAAGAAUACGGACGGAGUUCGUAAAGAAGGUGAUAUUGUUCAGCAGCUACCAAAGCAAGAACCCAUCGAAAAAGGUCACGAAAACAAAAUCGAAGAAGUAUCAAAGAAUGAAGAACAAAAUGAAGAGAAGGAAGAGGAUGAAUCUUCCGAAACGGAGGAACAAGGUGAUGUGGCUGAUGAGGAAUCAAGUGAGGAUAUGGGGAAGAAGGAUGGUUUGGAAAAGUCUAAUCUGCUGUGCUCUCCUUUUAUCAUUGCAGGUUCAGCCCUUAUUGUGUCCCUGCUGGUGCUAGCAAUCAGCAGGAUUAGAACCAGAAAAAUAUAGCUUCUAAUCUGUGUGUAGAGUUAAGAGACCUCCGACUCUCACUUCCUCUGUUAUAAUUGAUAUUCAAUUUUUUACUUA